AAUUCAGAAGCAGCACCAGAAUAUACGGCUUGUCCCCCGGCGUUUCGAUCAAAAUUUGAGCUUGCAACGCUCGGAAGUUUAAUAAAAACCAAAGAAAAAUAUGUCUGUGGGGAUAUAUUAGAUAAUCGUUAUUUUCUCCUCGGAACGUCUAACGGCUUAGAAUUCGUCGACCUUGCCCUUCCUAAUGACCAACAAAAGCCGCGUGUGCUCAUUGAUUUCGUUCGAUUUAUACAGAUCAAAGUAUUGCAAACGGACAGAUACGGUAUCUUGUUAGCUCUAUGCGGACGGAAUUUACACUUGCGCAGUUAUCCGCUUAAUUCGAUAAAGACUUUAAUACGGAAUUUAACUACACAAUCAUCACCAACAACAGAAACCCAAGUUCACCCGACGCACUCAAGUUCGCCACGGCCUCCACCAUAUAAUCAUCAGCGAGCGAGAUCUUUGGAUGCUAUUUUUCAUUCGGGCUUUGCUGUUCCUAAUCGGCCGGUACCAUUAGAUCAGUCGAUAGCCUCAUUACAGGAUGUUGUUAGCAUGAUUAACGCUAAUGAAGCCAGUAUAUUAGAAAUACCUACGAUGGCAACGACGGCAGCCUCAACAUCGUCAACCUCUCUACAACGCGGGUCUUCAGCAUCACAAAUCCUCUUGAAUGGUCAAACUCGUCAUGCUAGACACCUAAGCCACGACUCACAAAGUCUACAUAUAACGCAAGAGCAAAUCAAUGAAUUUAACCAUUCAACGAAACUGGCAAAAACGAAACUAGCUUUGGAUUACAUCAAAAUUCCAAAUACCAAGAUGACGUUGUCGUUCACAGUAGGAGCUGGAGAUACAAAAUCGUAUGUCAGUACACUUUCCAAACAAAAGAUAUUUCUAUUCGAAGUCUGUCCUGGUAAUAAUACAGUACCGUCUUUUGUCCACCUGGGCACGUAUUGGCUUCCAUCUACACCUCGAAUUGUCGAACUUUCCAUGAACGGCGAUCACUUGCUGGAUAUAAUUGUGGUAUUCCAAGCGGACAUUGUCUUGAUUGGUGUCGAGGACGCUCGCGUGCGUGAGGUCACGAUAGACAAAUCCCUCAAACCGUCUCCGUUAGAUUUUUCCGUUUUUCUAGAUAGGCAAAAAAUGAUGUGGAAUACGUUCACUCCGCUUGCCUUCCCACCAGCAAUCAGUCCAGAGUACGUAACCGAAAGCUUUACAAUACCACCGCCGUACAAUGCGAUUGUUAAUCAAGAUCAAUCGACAUUAUUGAACCCGAUUCCGGUGUUUGAAGCUAGAACGGCCGAUGGAUUCGAUAUGACUGAGGGUCCGUGCUUGUUUUUUGCGACCUUUGGAUCAAAAUCAAUGAUAGUCAAUUCAAAAGGCAGACCGUUUUCAACUAUUGUAUUUGAAUGGUCUGCUCCACCGCUACACGUUGAAUUUCUUCGGUCGGCUGGCGAUUCUGGGUAUUCUUUUGUGAUUGGAUUUGGAAAGGAAAUGGUUGAAGUGAGGUCGUUUGCCACUGGGAAAAUCGUCGAGAACGUUGUUAAGGGGGUUGGUGUACAAUACCUAGGAAGAGGAAGAGACAAGGAUGCAGAGGUGAUAUGGGGAUGUGCGUUUAAUAAGGGAAUCAAAGGAGUCGGACUUUAUCAUUUGAGUGCACCUCAUUGA